AUGACGAUAUCCAGCAAAGUGACUCGUAGAGUCGGGGACAUCAAGUGGUCCACCUACACAAAGUGGGCAGGAGCAGAGGCAGAAGAUGAUGACAUGACCCUGACCUUUGUGCUGGAGGACAUAGGCAGAUUUGGGUAUGGUCUUGAAGGAGACUGGUUUUGCUUUCCAAAGUAUGUGGGGUUGGAGGUGGAGAAGAACCAGUGGCUCACGAUGGGUGACGACCCAGAGGAGUUGAUCCUCAGGACAACGCUGAAAGUUGUCCUCGAAAUUCCUCUGAAGGCCAGAAACUGGGAACGUGUUCGCAAGGACGAGCAAUGGCAGGCAGCUCUGGAGCUGACACGCCCAUCGCAGGCUCUGUGUGACCACUUCAGGAAGCUCUUUCAGAUCAUCAGGCAGCAGAAGGACUGGUUGGCUGUCACGGGAGCUGAGCAGCGCAGCAUGCCUGGCGCCCCAAAACCCCAGGUCCACUUCAGCGGAGUCUAG